AUUUCAGCAGACUGUAUUAUCCAACUAUCCAGAAAUUCUUGGCUGCAAGGAAAACAUUUUUUUCUAUUUAUUGGGUGUUGUGUACCCCAGAAUUUAUAUUACCCUUUUUUGAAUUUGGGCCUCCAGGCUCCCACUCAAGAUGGUAGUUUUCUCAGGAUAUGAAAGAUUAAAAUUGAUAGCACUUGCUGUUUUUUACUUCCAAGCAAAUCAAUCUGUGGAAUGUGGUGAAGGGGUAAUCACCCAUCAGCGGUUGCCAUCCAAGGAAAACAUAUACGCACCCAUUGAUGCAAUAAUCAGUGAAAAGCCUUCAUUCACAGAAAGAAACAUUGAGUUGUACCCCAGUACUGUUAGAGCAUUCAGAAAGCCAACCCCUGGGACGUACAAAGACCAGUUAGACCUUGCAAUGGGAAAAUCCAAAAAAGAAAAAGGAAGCUAUUCUGGAGAAGUUUCAGUUGAUCCUUACUGGCCGACUGUCAAAGUGAAACUCAUGUGGGAAGAUGUGAACAAUAUCAAAAAAGCUCUUCAAGAUCUGAAAAUCAUCAUCAAAAAUAGAGGCAGCGAAGAUGCAAUCAAAGAUGAAAGGGGUGUUUUGUUAAAAUCAACCGGCCAUUCCAAUUUUAUUCUGAAUAAACAUGCCAAUGGUUUAGAUUUAAUUCUUGAAAGCUUGAAACACAACAUGGUGCAUAAAUUUGAGAAUUGGGCAAAAGAGAAUCAUUUUACAGACCCCAAAAUAUUUGCAGGCGGAAAGAUUCACCAAGAGUUAGAAACUUCAUCAGAUACCAUUUUUCAAACAGAUAAAACUAUAAUGGGCGCAGCAAAUUCUGUAAAGUAUUUCCCCAAAUAUGAGCUUACAGAGCUAUUAGAACAGAUGGAAUUCCAGUUCAACCUACCAAAAUAUAACAAUGAUAAAGAGGUUUUAAUGCUCAGAAGAAUUCACAUUCAAACAUUGGACCAACUUUACAAGUUUGGUUUAAUAAGUGAUAGGGAGUUGAAAAAUAUAGCUACUAGUUGGCUCCAUCCUAAUUUUAUUCCAACUACUCAAAAGAUGUUCAAGGAAAUUUAUGGUCUGAGAAAAGAGCAUGAAAACAGCAUUUUACAAAACAUUUAUUUUACGCUGAAAAAGAGUCACCAAUCCCCUCUAUUGAAUGCUCUAGAACGUAAGGAUCAAGAAAAUCUGCUUUUUUCUCAUGAGUGUAAUUGA